AUGCAUUCCGAAUCAACUGGUCACAUACACCCGGCAAUCAGGGCGACGAACAUCCUCCAGGAGUUUUCGCUGCCCCUGAUCGCCGGGGUUGUGCUGGGUCUGUUGGCCGCCAACACCAACCACAUCUGGUACGAGAUGGUGGUGGAGUUCUACCCGUUCGGAGAAAACGCUUCGGUAUUCGGUCAUGCGCUUACGGUCCACUUCAUCAUCAACGGCAUGUUCAUGUGUCUUUUCUUUGGUAUUGCUGCCAAGGAGAUUACUUCGUCAACACUGCCAGGCGGGGUCCUGAAUCCAUUGCGCCGGGCCAUCAACCCCCUGGUGGGUACUAUAGGGGGCGUGUUCGGGCCGGCAGGUUUGUACCUGUUGCUGGCGUGGGUUAUUUAUGGGGGUAGCGACGAUUUCGGCGCCGUUGCCAAAGGCUGGGCGAUCCCUACCGCCACCGACAUCGCGCUGGCCUGGCUGGUGGCGAGGUUGGUGUUUGGCGCCACCCACCCCGCGGUGAAUUUCCUGCUGCUCCUCGCCGUGGCCGACGACGCCAUCGGACUGGGCAUCAUUGCCAUUUUCUAUCCGGACCCACACCAUCCGGUACAACCGAUCUGGUUGCUGUUGGUGGUAGGGGGGAUGGCCGCGGCGUACGUAUUGGGUCGGUUCAGAAUUCGUUGGUGGCCCGUAUACAUCCUGAUUGGCGGCGCGUUGUCGUGGAUCGGAUUAGCCAAAGCCGGAGUGGAGCCGGCGCUGGCCCUGGUACCCAUCGUGCCCUUCCUGCCACACUCCGACCACAGCGCCGGCCUUUUCGAAGAGGAAGCUGUGCUGGACCAAUUUGAACACCAACUGAAACUGUUUGUUGAUGUCGGACUGUUCUUUUUCGCGUUUGUCAACUCCGGCGUCGCACUAUCUAGCAUUGGGUACGUGACUGGCAUGGUGCUGGUGUCGCUCAUAAUUGGGAAAGCGGUGGGGGUGACCGUAUUCUCCUGGGCAGCGUCCCUGGUCGGUUUUCCCCUGCCCAACGGGAUGCGGAUUCGCCACCUGUUUAUAUCGGGCAUCAUUGCCGGAUUGGGUCUGACGGUUGCACUGUUCGUUGCCGGCAAAGCGUUUCCAAGCGGCUCGGCGUUCCACGAUCCCGGGAAAAUGGGCGCGGUCUUCAGCAUUGCCUCUGGAGGCCUGGCGUACAUAUUGGGAAGGUGGUUCAAUGCCAGGGAUCAGGAAGGCAUCGGAGUAAUCGACGAUCCUGCCGUCGAUUCCGCCCACCAGAGAAGCGAAGCAGACAGUUAA